AUGACAUCUCCAGAGACUCAGGAAGGGCUCCUCAAGCGCUGGUUUCCCCAUACGACAGCGCCAUUCGUUGCCAAUGCGCCGAUGCUCGGGUUCACAGAUUCCCACUUGGCAGCUGCAGUGACAAGAUCCGGGGGGUUAGGUUUCAUUGGCGGAGGCUUCGAUUUCGGACCAGAAUCGGCUCAGCUGGCCAGACUGGAUGCGCAACUGGCAGAAACUCGCGCCAAUCUCGGGAUCCUUUCAUUGACAGAGGCUCUGCCUAUUGGCGUGGGUUUCAUCACGUUCAAACCAGCAGGGUUCGAAGUCAAUGCGAUCCCCAUUCUCGAGAAGCAUGCGGUUGCUGCUGUAUGGCUUUCUUUCCCCGAGUCAGAUGCAGACCACCUGCCUCUCAUAGCGGCCAUUCGUAAAAUCCGGGCGAAGGGUGAUUGGGUCGUUAAAAUCUUUGUGCAGGUUGGGACCGUGCAAGGAGCCAGGCAUGCUGUUGAACAGGGUGCAGAUGUUGUUGUUGUGCAGGGGACCGAUGCUGGAGGUCAUCAGUGGGCUCAAGGAGCUAGUCUCAUGUCGCUUCUACCUGAGGUGCGAGACGCGGUGGCAGGGUAUUCAAAUAAACAGGACACGGCGAUUGUGGCUGCUGGUGGGAUUGUAGACGGCAGAGGAUGUGUUGCUGCUUUGGGACUUGGUGCCGAUGGGAUUGUCAUGGGCACAAGGUUUCUUGCAACCUCGGAGUGUCCAGCCUCGUCAUCUUUGAAACAAUCAAUCCUAUCGGCCAGCGAUGGCGCCAUCUCGACCAUCAAGUCGACUCGGCAUGAUGUCUUCCAAUCUACCGAUGUUUUCCCUAGGCAAUAUGACGGCAGGGCUGUAAUUGGCCUCAGUUGGAACGAUUCCCAGAGUGGAGUCAGCAAUGAAGAAGUCAUUCGGCGGUAUAACGAUGCUAUCAAGCAAGGAGAGGAUCAGAGGCGAACGGUCUGGGCAGGUGCGAGCAUUGGAGUUAUCGAUGCAGUGGUCUCUGUAGACCAGUUGAUCAAAGAUAUUCAGCAGCAAGUGAAGUUGGCUAUUGGAAAGGUCAUGGAACGGAUUUAA